AUGACUUGCGCAAGAAAGAAAGACGUCGUCGAGGGCCGUUCGCGAAACAAGUUCCGUAAAGAUCUAAGACGUUUGGAUGGGCGCAAUACCGAAACGCCAGAAAUAGCCCUCUUGAAGAUAAAGCAGCAUAAGAAUAGGUGUAGAAAGCACUUCGAAAUGCUGCUUAAGGAUGCUGCGCGCCAGAUCAGCAACGAUCUCAAGGUAGAACUCCGCCAGUUCUACAACAAAGCACGCCUCACAGAAGGCGAUAUGCAGCUGCCCGUGGCAACAUUGAGCCAAGGUGCAUGCAGAUUGCACCAGGAAUGUGUUGCGCAUUUGGUGAAUGUGGAGCAAGAAAAGCGUAAUCAGCUUGGAGAGCGGGUGACGCAACAGAGAAUCGCUAGAUUUGGGACCGACCGACCGGGCAGAUCUUACGGUAAGAAGGGCGGGAGGAGCCCCUCCGUGAGUAGUCACGGCAGGAGUGACAGUGGAACCCGAGAAUCCGGGGUUCAGAAAAUAGCAGUUGACGACGAUGAGGGCGGAAUCCCGCUAGACACGUCUUCAGAGCGGCAGGAGGAGGCCACGCAGACGGAAGAGAUGACUCUUCCUCUGCGCUUCAAGGAAUAA